AUGCUCCUUCGCCCUUCACUCCGUGUUGGCGCCCUGGGCGCCCGCUCUCUUCCACGCCGCCCCGUCGUGCGCUCCAUCUCCACCACGGCUGACGCGAGCUCUGCUCCACCUCGCUCCUCGCGCCUGGGACUCCUGGCCCUCGUUCCCGUCGCUCUCGCAGGCGCCGUUCUCGUGUCCCCCAGCUCCGACCCCGAGCCCCAGACCAACAUCGCCGCCCUCCCUACAUCUGCCCUCCUCCGCUCAUACUUUGUGUACACGGCAUGCUCAUGGCCUCGUCUCAUUGACGCCGCCCCGGGUCUCCUUCACGCAUUCACCCACUCGCCCGCCCCAGGACUCAAGGCUAUCACCGAGGCGGUGGUGCGGCGCACCUUCUUUGCCCAGUUUGUUGCUGGCGAGGACCUGCCCGAGUGUAUCAACGCCAUGAACGACCUGCACGCGCAGAACAUUGGCGGUGUCCUCAACUACUCUGCCGAAUCCGAGGCCGGUGACGGUCUGGCGGAGGCACACCAUGCCGCGCAGGCUCACAACUGGGCUGAGUGCGAGUCGGCCAUCGAGGCACUGGGAGAGUUUGAGCGCCACUUGUCGCUCACCGGUGGCUUCACUGGAACCUCGUCCUUUGCUAUCAAGCUGUCCGGCUUGAUCGACCCCGACAUCCUCGAGCGCGCCAGUACCACCAUUUGCCGAAUCCGACCCUUGUCAAAGUCGUCCGAGGUUGUGAUUGAUGGUCUCCCGGCGCCCUUCCCGGGUGUGCCCCAGGAGUCAGACGGCAUGGUCAUCGACCCUGCCGAGUCUCGUCUCGCAUCUCUGCCUUCAGUUGGUGGCGCAUUUGAGCCCCUCGGCAUUCUCGCUGCCGACCCCGGUGUCUCUGACUCGGACCUCGAGGCUCUCCACGGCCUCUGGACCAAGAUGCGCACCUUGUCUGGCCGCGCAGCCGACCUCGGCGUCAAGCUCAUGAUCGAUGCGGAGCUCGCCCCGACCCAGCCGGCCCUCGACGCUUUCACUCUGUUGCUGUCGAUGGAGUUUAACAAGCCCGUCGCUGGCAAGUCGUUCAACGGCCCUGUCAUCUUUGGCACGUACCAGUCCUACCUCCGUCGUGCACCAUACCUCCUCGACGCCGCCAUCCGCCACUCGGAGGACAACGGCUACGCCCUGGGCAUCAAGCUCGUCCGUGGCGCGUACUUUGUUCGCGAGCGCGAGAAGUGGCGCGUCGAGGGCCGUGCCGGUGCCGACCCCAUCUGGCCCGACAAGCCGGCGACCGACAAGGCCUACAACGACUCUGUCCAGAAGAUUACCUCUACCCUCGCGCGUCAACUGGACGGCCACCACCCCGAGCUCGCCCUUUCCGCCGUGUUCGCUACCCACAACCCCGAGUCGGUCGAGCUCGUCCUUGCUUCUAUGGAGAAGGAUGGCCUGACUGUGCGCGGCCCAUCGUCCAAGCUUCGUCUCCGUGAUGGCCUCAAUUCGCGGGUCUUCAUCGCGCAGCUCUACGGCAUGCGCGACGACAUUACCGACCGCGUCGCCGAGGCGUUCGAGCCCGGACCUCCCAUUGCCCUCAAGUACAUUGCGUACGGCAAGCUCCAGGAGGUGCUCCCCUUCCUUGCGCGCAGGGCAAUUGAGAACAAGAGUGUCAUGGCCGGCGAGGGCGGUGCGGCCGUCGAGAAGAAGAGGGUCAGCGACGAGCUGUGGAGGCGGUUUGGCUGGAAGAGCGCGCCCACCCAGUCGGCGCCACCCGCGCAGGUUGCCGCGGCUGCUUGA